AUGAUUAUACGGGUGGCGGCGGCGGUGUUGGCAUUGGCCACGACCGUCUACGGCGCCUGCAACUGCCCGACCAGCUCAAACAGAUCAUCGGGGACAUAUCAAAUCCAGACACCGUUUGAUCCGGAUAAUGGCUACAUGGAUUGCGUCCCAGCCGCCAUGCAGUGUAAUUAUACAAUCGGAACCGGAGACCCCGCGCGAGGAAUUGGGCAUUUCGGUGUCAUCGAAUUCACGGAUCCGGACGGAGUGCUGACGAUCAGCUUGCAAGAUCCCGGCUACAAGACCUUUACACUCGAUGUGAACAAUUAUGCCGGCCAAAAUAGCAGCUUAAAUGCCUAUCAGCCGGCGACUGCUACCACCACGGUCACCAUGGUAUGGAGCAAGAACGCAACCACUGUCCAUGCAGUAAUCUAUGGGUAUCCUUUGCCCAUCUCUCAGCCUGUAGUAACCACUGCAGCCACAGCCAUGCCAACCCCAGUUACGGUCAGCGAUGGGCCCAGCCCAGCAGGGUUGCUUGGAGUUGACCUGGCCAUCGUCGUCGACCUAGCAUCCAAGAAUACCGAUACCUUCAACAACAUGAUAACGUUCAUCAAAAGCGCUGUCGGAAGC